AUGGACCGGCGAGGCGUGACUUUCUUAGCGGCUUUCGUUCUUCGGCUCUGCCCGCUCCUGUGCACCGUGGUUCAGCCCGGGUGUCGGCUGGGGAGCCUGCGUCGCGAAGGAGUGAUGGUGGAAGGGGAUGUCAUUAUCGGGGGCACUUUCGGGGUUCACGAAAACAAGAUGUUCCCAGAAAUAAACUACACCCAGCAACCGCAGCCAGCGCAAUGCCAAAGUUUCAGCUUCCGGAAUUACCGCUGGCUGCAUGCCAUGAUUUUCGCCAUCAAGCAAAUCAACGAGAAUCCGAAGCUGCUUCCCAACAUCUCUCUGGGAUACGGCCUCUACGACUCCUGCGAUGUCAUCCCCCGGGGGCUAGAGGGCGCUAUGUGGCUGGUGUCGGGCCAGGACGAGCUGGUGCCUAACUACCGUUGCCACGACAGCGCCCCUCUUGCUGCUAUCGUCGGAGACAGUGCCUCUUCUGUGUCUAUCCCUAUGGCCAGACUGCUGGGCCUGUAUGGUUAUCCACAGAUCAGUUACUUCUCGACGGCUCCUAUGCUCAGCGACAAGCGAGAGUUCCCCUCGUUCUUCCGCACGAUCCCCAGCGACGUGGUGCAGGGGAAGGGGCUGGCGCACCUCGCCUCGCGGCUCCGCUGGACCUGGGUGGGGGUGCUGACCGACGACGACGACUACGGCCAGGGCAUCGCCAGGGAGUUCCAGCAGGAGGCACUGCGUCUGGGGAUUUGUGUGGAAUUCGUGGAGGUUGUCCCCAUUCUCUACUCCCCGAGUCGCACGCAGCGCCUGGUCAAGGUCAUCAAAGCCUCCACAGCCAAAGCCAUCGCCGUCUUCUCCUGGAAAACCUACCUGUACCCGGUCAUGGAGGAGAUCCAGAGGCAGAACAUCACGGGGAAGGCCUGGCUGGCCAGCGAGGCGUGGUCCACAGCCCAAGCCCUGUCCGACAACAGGGUCUUCGAGAUGCUAACAGGGACCAUCGGCUUCGCCAUCCACAGAGGGACCCUGCCUGGAUUCAAGGACUACCUUCUCGCCGUCCAUCCGUUCAAGAACCCCCAGGAUAUCUUCCUCAGGCUCUUCUGGGAGCAGGCUUUCGAGUGCAGCUGGCAGGAGGGUGGCGCCGGGGUCAGGCUGUGCACCGGCAGUGAGGACCUGGCUGCUCUGAAAAACAUAUUCCUGGAUGUGUCCAGCCUGAGGCUCACGUAUAACACCUACAAUGCUGUGUACGCGGUCGCCCACGCCCUACAUGAUCUGCAGGCCUGCACCCCCGGGGAAGGGCCGUUCGGAGAUGGAGCCUGCGCCAAUGUCAAGGACUUCAAACCCUGGCAGCUCCUGCACUACCUGCACAGGGUUCGGUUCAGGAACCCGGAGGGCGAGGAGGUGUAUUUCGAUGACAACGGUGACCCGCCCGCCGUCUACGACAUCGUGAACUGGCAGCCGACCCCCACAGGGGACAUCCACUACGUCAAAGUGGGCAGCUACGACUUCAGAUCUCCCCCGGGGCAAGAGCUCUCCCUCGACGAGAGCGCCAUCGUGUGGCCCGGAGGCGAAUCGCAGGUCCCUCGCUCAGUGUGCAGUGAGAGCUGUCUCCCUGGCUGGCGGACAGCACUGCGCCGCGGACAGCCUGUCUGCUGCUUCGACUGCAUCCCCUGUUCAGUGGGGGAGAUCUCCAACCAAACAGACUCCACCAAGUGCCUGCGCUGCCCAUCGGAUCAGUGGUCCAAUGCACAGCAGGACGCUUGCGUGCCCAGGCUGGUGGAGUUCCUGUCCUAUGAGGAGCCCCUGGGCGCGACCUUGGCUUUCCUGGCCGUACUGGCCUCCCUGCUGCCCGCCUCUGUUCUGGGGGUCUUCCUGCGCCACCGUCACUCGCCCAUUGUGAAGGCCAACAACCGCCAGCUGAGCUACGUGCUGCUAUGCGCCCUGACCCUGUGCCCGCUCUGCUCGCUAGUCUUCAUCGGGCGACCCUCGCCCGCCUCCUGCAUGCUCCGCCAGACCGCCUUCGCCAUCGUCUUCACCCUGGGCGUCUCCUGCGUUCUGGCCAAGACCAUCAUGGUAGUCAUUGCUUUUAAGGCUUCCAUCCCGGGCAGUGGCCUGCGGAAAUGGGUGGGCUCCCGUCUGCCUAAUACCGUCGCCUCCGUCGGGACCCUAGUCCAGGUGGGCAUCUGCGGGGCGUGGCUGGGAUUCGCCUCCCCAUACCCCGAGGACAAUACAGCGACCCACAUGGCCAAGAUUGUCCUGGAGUGCAACGAAGGCUCGGCCCUGGCAUUCUGGUGCAUGCUGGGAUACAUGGGCGUCCUGGCUAGCGUCAGCUUCGUGGUGGCAUUCCUGGCGAGGAGGCUGCCGGAUAGCUUCAACGAGGCCAAGUUCAUCACCUUCAGCAUGCUGGUCUUCGUCAGCGUGUGGCUGUCGUUCAUCCCCGCCUACAUAAGCACAGGGGGGAAGUACAUGGUGGCUGUGGAAAUAUUCGCCAUUCUGUCGUCCAGCAUGGGCCUCCUGGCCUGCAUCUUCUUCCCCAAGUGUUAUGUCAUCUUGCUGAGGCCGGAGAGAAACACCCGUGACCACCUCAUGGGCAAGGGAGCGGCCACGACCAGAAAGUAAGGCAGCUUCAGAUCAGACCUGGC